AUGCCGCCCAAGAAAGCCCGCGUCCAGCAGGAGCAGACCGUCCAGCUCGGCCCCCAGCUUGCUGAGGGCGAGCGCAACUUCGGUGUCGCGCACAUUUUCGCGUCUUUCAACGACACGUUCGUGCAUGUCACCGAUCUGUCCGGCAAGGAGACGAUCUCCCGCAUCACCGGCGGCAUGAAGGUCAAGGCCGACCGUGACGAGUCUUCGCCUUACGCCGCCAUGUUGGCUGCCCAGGACGUCGCUGCUCGUUGCCGCGAGGUCGGCAUCACCGCUCUUCAUAUCAAGCUUCGCGCUACCGGCGGUACUGGUACUAAGACCCCUGGCCCGGGUGCACAGAGCGCCCUCCGCGCUCUCGCGCGUGCUGGCAUGUCCAUCGGUCGCAUCGAGGACGUGACACCCGUCCCGACUGACUCUACUCGCCGCAAGGGUGGUCGCCGUGGUCGCCGUCUGUGA